UACCGGAGUACACUCGCUAACCGGCCUCCAUCCACACUACAUUACACAGAGAGAGGAGAAAGAGAAGAAGAAGAGAGAAGGAGUGAGAGAGAGGGUGUGCCCGCUCAAACAGACCUGCAAAUAACCGCGGCUUUGAACGUGUGUCGUUACAUAGAGAACGUCGUGUUGUGUUGGAACAACAAUUACCCCUAUCGGAACGUCAUUGAGUGUGUCGUGUGUCGCGGACAUUGUUCGCUAAGGACUGCGGUUGGUUUAUUCGUAGGCGGAUCGGUCGCGAAUUGUUUGUGUUUUACUUUUGGCAAUCUAACUCAACUGAUGUCCAUUUUAGUUUGCUUGUGACAAUUGCAAAUAGUUGAAGAAUCUCUCUAUAUAUAGAAAGAGAAUUGUAGAACAGUGUGAUAAUAGUGACAGUGAUUGUGACAUUUUUUGAACUUUAUUAUGAUUAGUGCGUUUAUCAUCAGUGACUGUGAAAGAAAAGUGUUUUAAGUGAAUAUAUUGAACAAUUUUGGCGUCAUCAUCGCCAUUGUGCGGCUAUUUACAUGAUUUCAGUUUGACAACGACAGGAUUUCCCACCCCCAAUUAGCUCUAUGACCAUGCUUCAGUCGCAGAAGCUGUACAGCGAUGCUGGCAGCCUUGGCGGUGCCAUGACGAGUGCUGCCAUGUCAAACAUGGGGAGCAUGGCGUCAUCGUACAGCUCAAUUAAUUCAAUGAGUUGUGUACCCAUGGGCAUGUCCAUGGGAGUUGGACCCAAUUGUAGCCCACAGAGUCCAGGGGCCUUUAAUAUUGGUAGUAUGAGUUCUGCAAUUGGAAUGGCAUCAAUGGGCGGUGGUGGAAUGAGUGCCUAUGCCUCUGGUGCAUCAAUGGGUGGCGGUGGUACAUGCAUGAAUGCCGUCGGCUAUGCGUCACUUGGAUCAACUCCUGGUUCUCGUAUGACAGAUUCGGGGAUUUCACUAUCCGAGCCUGAUUCACCAAAUUCGGCAUUACAACGUGCCAGAACUGAUAAAUCAUAUAGAAGAAGUUACACACAUGCAAAACCACCCUAUUCCUACAUUAGUCUCAUCACAAUGGCAAUACAAAAUGCUCCCACAAAGAUGCUGACACUUUCUGAGAUUUAUCAAUUUAUAAUGGAUUUGUUUCCAUUUUAUAGACAAAAUCAACAGCGCUGGCAAAAUUCAAUCAGGCAUUCGCUUAGUUUUAAUGAUUGCUUUGUCAAAGUACCAAGAACUCCCGAUAAACCUGGUAAAGGUUCAUUUUGGACACUACAUCCAGAAAGUGGAAACAUGUUUGAGAAUGGCUGUUACCUAAGACGUCAAAAGAGGUUUAAGGAUGAGAAAAAAGAACUCACGAGGCAAACAACAAAACAUACACAUCCGGGACAUCAUAAUUCGGGUGGUGGUUCCGGUCAUGGUAGUCCACCAUCUCAUGAAUUGAAUCAUGGCAAAAAAACACCUCUACAUCAUGGUCAACCGCAAGAUGAAAAAGAUCUUCAUUCAUUGGUGAAUCAUCAUCAUCACCAUCAUCCCGGUAGUAUUCAUCCACAUCAUACGAAUCUCAAAAGCGAUACAACGGAUAUUGGUGGUUUAUUGGGAACGGAUCUUGGCGCAGCUCAUGAUGAAUUGGCAGCAAUGGUGGGAAGAAGUCUUCAUCCACAUCUUCUCAGUGAUCCAAAUGGCCUUCAUCAUGGAAUGGCAGGAAGUUUAAAGCAAGAGCCAUCAUAUGCGGCGGCAAGUCAUCCCUUUAGUAUCACGAGGCUACUACCUGGUGCUGCUGGUACAUCACCCGUUGCACAGGAUACAAAACCCGAGCUCAAAAUGUAUGAGCAUUUACAACAAAGUUACAAUUAUGGUUCACCGCAUCAUCCUCAUCCACACUCGGUACCACCAGGACAUCAUCAUCACAAUGGAAUGCAUAGCUCGAACACUGGUGGACCAAUGCACAAUAUGGGUAAUCAUCAUCAGGAUUAUUAUCAAAGUCCACUUUAUCAUCAUAGUGUUAGUGCAUCAAGUGCACCACCACCACCUUCAGUGACGGCUACGCCGGGCUUGUGACAUCACGCCACACAUCCUUACGCUCUGGCCUGAGUAGCUGCCGCGGCCUAUGCCGCAAAUACCAACACGGACGUUCCAAUUUGUUCUGAUGAUUAUCCUAAUUCACGUCGUCGGGAUGUCAAUGAUAAUGGUGCUUCUUGUUGGAACGAGGUUGAAGAAGACGAUGAUGAAGAUGACACUUUGUAGCCUACUCUUUUUUAAUCACAAGGUGAUAAGCAGGUCUAUAGGUUCUUUUUUUUUCAUUUAAGUCCGCAUAAAAUUAAAAAUAUUUAAAUUAAAUUUGUUCAGCAAUUGUUUUUUUCUUUUGUUACUUACUUGAAAAACAUUUAAAUCACUUACAAGACACUUAGAUCUUUUAUAAGACACUCAGGUUCCUUAAAAGACACUUUGGUUCCUUAUAAGACACUUAGGUCCUUUAUAAGAAUUUUUAUGUCACUUAUCAGUUUGGUUUGAGACUGACAAAGAUAUUUAUGUCACUUUAUAAGACACUCUGGUGUCGUUUGAGACACUUGGGUCACAUAUAAGACAUUUAUAUCACUUAUAAGACACUUCCGAACCCUUUUAAAGAUAUUUUUUUCAAUUUAUAAGACAGUUUAUUGAUUUAAAAAACAUUUAUGUCCAUUUACAAGACACUUAGGUCAUUUAUAGUGAUAUUAAUGUCACUUGCAAGACAUUUAUGUCACUUUAUAGGACACUAGUGACUUGUGAGACGUUUAAUUCAUACAUGUGACAAUUAUAUCACUUUAUAUGACAUUUUGGUGACUUAUAAGACAUUUAGGACACUUAUAAAGAUAUUUAUGUCACUUUAUAGGACACUAGUGACUUGUGAGACAUCGAAAUCAUAUACAGGACAAUUAUAUCACUUUAUAAGAAAUUUUUGUGACUUAUAAGACACUUAGGACACUUAUAAAGAAAUUUUUGUCACUUCAUAAGACACUUAAUUCCAUUAUAAGACAUUUAUGUAACUUUAUAAGAUACUGGUGACUUAUUACGAGACAUUUAAAUCAUAUACAAGACAAUUAUAUCACUUUAUAAGACAUUUUGGUGACUUAAAAAACACUUAGGACACUUAUAAAGAUAAUUAUGACACUUUUUAAGACACUUAGUGCUCUUAUAAGACAUUUAUGUCACUUUAUAGGACACUAGUGACUUGUGAGACAUUGAAAUCAUAUACAAGACAAUUAUAUCACUUUAUAAGACAUUUUGGUGAUUUAUAAGACACUUAGAACACUUAUAAAGAUAUUUUUGUCACUUUAUAAGACACUUAAUUCCAUUAUAAGACAUUUAAGUAACUUUAUAAGAUACUGGUGACUUGGGAGACAUUGAAAUCAUAUACAAGACAAUUAUAUCACUUUAUAAGACAUUUUGGUGACUUAUAAGACACUUAGGACACUUAUAAAGUGCCACUUUUUAAGACACUGGUGACUCAUAACACACUUAGGUCACUUAUAACAUAUUUAGGUGAUUUAUAAAGACAGUUAUAUUACUUUUGAGGAACUUUGGUUUCUUUUGUCACUUUUAGAACAUUUUUUUGUUCUUGUAAAAAUUUUUAACUUAUAAAUAUAUUUCAAAUUCAAAAUUUAUAUGGAUAAGUAUAUAGUUUUUUUUAAAUGAAAAUUUAUGAAAACAAUUGAUGAACAAAUUUACAUUUAACUGAAAGUCAUUAUAUUUUGACUAUAAUUCAAAUGUAUAGAGAGUAUUUGUGUUUUUUCUUCGAAGCGUAUAACUAUUGAUUUUUAAUCAAUUUUCUCUUUUUUUAAAAGAAACGAAUCUGAUGACUAUAUAUAUUUAUUUGAAAAUGAAAAAAAAAUUUGUAACGACUUUUGUAAUAAUUUUAAUGUGGAAAAUUUUUUUUUUUUAUUGUUUACAAUAUAAAUUAAUGAUAACUCAAUUUUUAAUUAAAAUUUCACUUUUAAAGUGCAUUUUUGCUUUUUAAACAAAACAUUUCAUUAAUUUCAAAAAUUAUUAUCGAAACCAAAUUGAUUGGGACCAUUUUUAUUUUAUUAAAACUCCUAGGAUAAAUUUAAUAAUAAAAAAAAAAAAUAUUAUUCCUUAUCUAAGCGAAUUUUUUCAAUUUUUAAUCUCGGUUUUUUGUACUUUAUUUUUAAAAUUCACUCGUAAAGAUGACACAAAAAACAUUAAUUAAAAUAAAUGUUUGGAUUUUUAAAAUCUUAUUUUUUAUUACGCU